CAUUCUUCGCGUUGCGGUAACCGCGGCUAGACAUACAUACCGUGGUACCAUCCUCUCUUGUAUAACAUUAUAUACUGGUAAGAAGAGUAGUUGUACUUCUUAUAGUAGUAUCUCAAGGCCAAGGGCAGCGAGCCGUUGCAUUUUAAGAUAGUACCAUAGUUAGUGCCCGUGUUCAGCUAUAAGACUUUAAUCGAUAAAUUAUCUGGCAAUAAUUGUCGGUAGUACCUGUCAGCGGUAUCUGCAAUUUCCUGGUGGUAUAGUGACUGAAGUUGAACAUUUUCUUGUCGAAGAAGAUCUACCGAGGGGUCUCCGCGGCAGCAAUUAUAAGAGCAAACCCAAGAUGUAUUACCUAAAAGAAUCUUUAGUAAUACUACUGGCGAUGUCAUUGAUGACAUGCCAAGAAACGGCAAAUCCAGAAGGCGACACCAUUAACACCCCAGAAAAACUACCCUCAGCAGGUAUGCCACCCCCAUCACCAAUGGACGAAUGUGAUCCAGAAAUGGUUGGGUUUGAACUUGUAACAGGAUAUGUAUUUUCCUCCCCCGGCAACGUUAUAGAUUCAAUUCCCGGUACCCUGAUGCUCACCGACUGUCUCGAAACGUGUCAGGGCAACGAAAGCUGUCAAUCGGUGAAUUAUGAAACUGGACUCUGUGUGCUGUUUGGAUCUAAUGCUGACCUCUUACCAGGUGCCUUAACAAAGUCUCAGUUCCCAGUUUUUACGAUCUACGCUCAGAAAAGCUGCUUAGGGGUGAAACCCUGUGAAAGAGCAUGGUGCAUUGACCGUGUCCAGAACUAUCGACUCACCAACUAUGUGAAAACUCACCAGAUUGUCGGUUCCAGACAGGAAUGUUUCGAAUUGUGUUUGGGUGAAUCAGAGUUUGCUUGCAGAUCAUCAAACUACAACAACGCCACUGGAAACUGCGAGCUUUCUUCUAUGGACAGACUGACAGUAGCAGGAAGUAACGCCUUUAUCUCAGCCGACGGGUAUGACUAUAUGGAGAACAACUGCAUCGAAGAACCCACCAAACUGUGUGAAUUCAAGAAACUAAAUGGAAGAAUUCUGAAAACAGUCGACUCUGUAUACCAAGAUGUCGGAUCUCUGGACGAAUGCAAAGAACUUUGCUUAAACUCCCCCUACAGAUGCCACUCGUACGACUACGGUGAUACCGGUGAAAUGGUCUGCAGAUUGAGCCAUCACUCUAGAGCUACUUUGGCGGAUAUCCAGGAUCCCUACUUAGACGUUCCAGAAGCAGCGACUUACGAGCUCAGCUCCUGCUACAACGUGAGCAUCGACUGUAGAUCAGGAGACAUGAUCGCCAAGAUCCAGACUAGUAAACUGUUCGAUGGAAAGAUCUACGCCAAAGGAAGUCCCAACUCUUGCGUGCAAGACGUCAACAACAGUUUGGAAUUUGAACUCAGUAUGGCUUACGAUAACUUGGAAUGUAACGUUAGGAAGAAUGGACUGGGAAGAUACAUCAACGAUGUGGUGAUUCAGCACCACGAUAAGAUUGUGACCAGUAGUGAUCUUGGUUUGGCUGUUACGUGUCAAUAUGAUCUUACGAAUAAGAGUGUGACGAAUGAGGUUGAUUUGGGAGUGCAUGGAGAUAUUACAUUAGCUCUAUCGGAGGAAGUGACCGUGGACUCGCCCAAUGUCGCAAUGAAGAUUACCGACAGAAAUGGCGAAGAUAUGAUGCAAUCCGCCGAAGUUGGAGAUCCGUUGGCGUUAAAAUUCGAAAUUCUCGACAAAAACAGCCCGUAUGAGAUCUUCGUGAGAGAAUUAGUUGCUAUGGAUGGUGUGGAUUCUAGCGAAAUCGUUUUGAUCGACUCUGAUGGCUGUCCUACAGACCAUUUCAUUAUGGGACCUAUCUAUAAGAGUGCUCAAACAGGAAAGAUUCUUCUAUCCCACUUCGACGCCUUUAAGUUCCCCUCAUCAGAAGUUGUCCAGUUCCGUGCUCUAGUAACUCCGUGCAUGCCAUCAUGCGAGCCAGUCCAAUGCGACCAAGAGGAAUCAACCGGUGAACUUCGCUCGGUCAUUUCCUUCGGCAAACGCAGGAGGAGACGUUCUACUGAGUCCCAAGAAGAUCUCCUCCUGGUCCAAUCGAUCCAGAUUACCGAUAAGUUCGGUUUCGAUAAAAACGCCAACAACACCUCUCUAGGAAGCGAAGCCGUCUUCAUCAAUUCCGAUUACAAUCAAGGCUUAUGCUUCAAUUUGGCCGGACUUAUGGUCGCUGGACUCUUAUUCUUGGCGGUCCAGAUGGUCAUUAUCGCCGCAUGCACGUUUAUAUGGCAACGGAGAAAGUUGAGCGACAAACUGUGCCAGGACAAUAUCAGCAUUCCGUCGCAAUUAAGCGCCAGCCGUACCGGAAGCCUUUGCAAACUCUAUGAAAACAGUUACUCGCACCACUCGCGUAGAUUCUAAGUUAGCUGAUCAGUUUCUGUGUAUAAACACUUUAAUUUUUUUAACCCUCACCACCCCCAUAACGCGCAAUUUUCUUUACCUGUAACACCCACUAGUUUUCAGGACUAGUUUUCAGUUACUAGUGCUGCUAACGCAUACAUGAAUAGUUAUUUUUAGUUAUACUUAAUGGUGUGCAAUCACUUCUUAUUCAGGCUCACCAGUUAAAUAAAUGUGCUAUAAAAACAAGAUAUUGCACUAAAAAAAUCAUAUAGUUUCGUUAUAGUAAACAUGUGUGAUUUAAGCUUGCGCGAUAGACUUCUGGUAGUUUAUUUAGGUAGGUACAGCUUGCACGGAGGGCGCUUAAUGGCGGUAUCAGUGUAAGUUAUAGAGAAGUCUCGACGCGACCGUUUUAAUUUAUUAAUAAUAAUUAUUUAGUUAGACAAUUUUGCUUAUUGAAUCAAUUCUCAGCUGCUUCUACUGGCGCCGGAUAUACUACGCAAUAUUUAGUUAUAGUAAGGCAUAAAAAUCAUGCUUCAUAUAGGAUAUUCUAAAGCAUAUAGGGACUUAUUUAGGACGUAAGGUCUGAAGGACGACUAAGCAUGACUGGAUGAGUAAAAGGGAUGAAUGAAUGUUUAAUGCUUGCUCUAUUUAUAAAAGCUUGUCCUUUAGACCAAAGUUUCUUCGAUCGAUGCUUUUUUGGUUUAUUAGCAUUGAUGGGAGACAGUGUCGUCAUCACUUUAACGAAAUACCAUAAUAACUAUUUUUAAUGACUAAUUAUUUAGGUAACGUUUUAUUUAUUAUUUUUAAGUUAGUCUAUUUAAUAAAAUAUGUCGACCUAUUUUGUAAUCGACUUCGAACUUAUUAUAAUAAAUAUUUUAUCUAAAAA